CGAUGAUGACUUUGACAACGCGCGUCUAUAGAUACGGAGUCCGACGUUGUUUUUGUGAAUAUAUUUUUGUUUGUAUCAGCUAUACAGAUCUGGUAAUUAUAUCAUAAAUACCUAAUUAUCUCAAGGCUAUUUGGCCAAUUUGAAUUUUGAAUUUGUCUCUGAAAACAACGGAUGUACCUAAUACAGGACACAUAACCUAAAAAGUAUCCAGUAGGUAAAAUGUUUUUGACAACAAUUUAUUUUACAAUUUUAUUCUUGGUUACAUACAAGAUUUAUCAGAAAAUAACACACAAAAAGUUUAUCUCGGAUGUAACAAUACCUAAUAAAUUAGUAAUCGUGACCGGUGCAAACACCGGCAUUGGCUACGAGACCGCUAAGGAACUGUCGCGACGAGGCGCCAAAGUAAUCCUCGCAUGUCGAGAUAUGAAUAAAGCUCAAAAAGCAGCAACGGAAAUACAAUUAUUUUCGGGAAACAAGGUUAUAGCUAAGUAUUUGGACUUGGCAUCAUUCAAGUCAAUUACCGAAUUUGCCAAAGGUAUAAUUGAAACGGAAAGAAGAGUUGAUAUUUUAAUUAACAAUGCUGGUACUGGUGUCCUAUAUAAUUCUCUUACUGAAGACAACUUGCCAAUUGAGGCGCAGGUCAAUCAUUUCGGACCAUUUUUACUGACUAUGUUGCUGUUACCAGCAAUGAAAGAAUCAAGACCCAAAGCUCGCAUUAUUAACGUAUCAUCAUUAAUGCAUAAGUUUGGGACAGUAGAUGAAUUAGAUAAACAAGCAAAAACAUUUUUUGGACGUAGGAGAGUCUAUGCAAAUACGAAACUGGCUAACGUGCUGUUUACAAGGAAGUUAGCGGAGGAGGUAAGACGUAAUAAUGUAAUCGUGAACUGUUUGCACCCUGGAGCAGUAGACACAGAAAUAUUUCGGAAUCAGCCGAAGUUAAUUCGAUUCCUGUUGAAGUUGCUGUUUCUAACACCGGAAGAAGGGGCGCAAACUUCUAUAUUUUUGGCUGUCUCUGAUUAUUUCGACGAGAGAAUAAUGACUGGAAAGUACUUUUCCAUGGUAUUCCAUAAGAUAAAAAUUCCUUCGUAAGGGUUGUAAUUCGAAGGAAUAUCAAGUCUAGUCCAUUUUAAAUUCCUUAAAAUAAGACUGCCAUUGUAGUGUAGUGUGGAUUAUACCAAAAACUAUUAUUUAUUUAUGUAAUUUGUAAAGGUGUUUGUGUGUCAAUUGAAAAAAAAACGAAUAAAGUUACAUUCCAAGC